UUUCGGGAGCUCGUUCGCAAGUAAGUUUCGUUUUCUAUCUUGAAGAAAAAAAGGAAGAAUAGGCUUCUAUACCUCAAAAAGUGGAUCUCACACCCACCCUGCAAAUUCAAGGUACAACGUCGAUAUCGCAUAUACCCCAAUGAUCCUCGCCGAUGUCUUCAAGAACUCAGAUCUCGCUCGUGAAACCGAUUACUCUACCAAUGAAGCAGACGAUCCCGUUGUAGUUCAGUUUGCAGCAAGCAAUGGUGUUGAUCUGGCAGCAGCUGCAGAAAUGGUGGCUCCGUUCGCUGGUGGUAUUGAUUUGAACUGUGGUUGUCCACAAAAAUGGGCUAUUCAAGAACACAUUGGAUCAUAUUUGAUGUCGGAUCCAGAAGCUGUUCGGGACAUGGUCAAGACUGUCAAAGGCCGAGUAAAUAUUCCAUGCAGUAUCAAGAUCCGUGUGCAUCCAGACUUGAAAGAGACCUAUGAGUUCGUCAAACGAGCCGAGUCAGUGGGUGUGGAUUUCUUGACUGUGCAUGGACGAACACGAAGGCAAAAAUCGACGGAGCCUGUCAAUUUCGAUGGUAUAAAACUGGUCAAGGAAUCCGUGAGUGUACCGGUGAUUGCCAACGGAAGUAUCUUCUCCAACCAAGAUGCAGAGGAGAUGUAUGAGCGGACGGGAGUGAACGGCGUCAUGUCGGCGAGAGGCUUGUUGCAGAAUCCAGCAUUGUUCGCAGGUCAUGAUGUGACACCUUGGGAAUGUAUUGAAGAUUACGUUCGGUUGGCGUUAGGAUACGGCACAAACCAUUUCAUCUUCCAUCAUCAUUUGAUGUAUAUGUUUGAAGAUAUUAUGAGCAGAGCUGAGCGCAAGACGUUCAACACACUCUCCAGUAUACCCGCCAUCUUGGACCAUUUAGAAAGCAAUUGGGGACUGGAUGUCACCAAACUUGUAUAGAUUCUCCUUAACAUAUAAAUCAAAAAAAAGUGUUGUAUUUUUGCUCUAGUCUUCUUUUCCAAGUAUAAGUGUAUAAUAAUAAACAAUUAUGU